UUGGAACCCAUCAACAAGGGUGUGCUGGCCAGGCUAACUGACUGUCUAUUGUGUCGGUGGUCGUGUCGCUCAUGUCUGUUGUGGUGUUGGGAGUGCUGCUUUCCGCCCAGUGAUGAGGAGGUGGAGAUACUGGGACCCUUCCCUGCUCAGACCCCCUCCUGGCUAGUGAACGAGUGUGUGGAUGAGAAGGACACUGAUACCGGGGUCACUCAUGUUGACGCCAUGGCAAUACUGCAGGACAGUACUCCGACCCGGAGACGUUCCAGCUCAGAGAUGUCCCGAUCCACCUUCAGCCUGGUCCGACAACUCUCCAGUCUAGACGCUCGCAGGCCCAGCUCUCCGCUGGUUGAUGUGAAACCCAUUGAGUUCUGGGCCAUGGGCCCCAGGAAGGAGGUGAUCCAGCCGCUGCGUCGACACCAGCCCCCUCCGGAUGACUACUUCAGGAAGUUGGAGCCACGCCUCUACUCUCUGGACUCAUCCGGAGACGACGUGGACUCGCUAACGGACGAGGAGAUUCUGCUACGAUACCAACUGGGCAUGCUCCACUUCAGCACACAGUAUGACCUAAUCAACGGCCACCUGGGCGUUAGGGUCAUUGAGGCUCGCGACCUGCCUCCACCUCUGACCUGUGACGGUGCCCGCCAGGACAUGGCCCACUCCAACCCAUACGUCAAGAUCAGCCUGCUGCCGGACCACAAGAACUCUCGGCAGACAGGGGUGAAGAGGAAGACACAGAACCCGGUGUUCGAGGAGCGGUUCACCUUUGACCUUCUGUUCUUGGAGGCCCAGCGCCGCACCCUGCUGCUGUCUCUGGUCGACUUCGACAAGUUCUCACGACACUGUGUCAUCGGCAAGGUGGCGCUGCCUCUGAGUGAGGUUGAUCUGGUGAAGGGUGGUCACUGGUGGAAGGCCCUGGUACCCAGUUCUCAGAAUGAGGUAGAGCUGGGAGAGCUGCUGUUAUCACUCAACUACCUGCCCUCCGCUGGAAGACUCAACGUUGACAUCAUCAGAGCCAAGCAGCUGCUGCAGACAGACAUGUGCCAGGGAUCAGGUAAACUAUACCUACUAACAUAG